AUGCGCACGCCUGUGGGCGCCAACCGCCCCAAUGGACACUGGGAGCAGUUGCAGGACAGAGUCCCGCCCCCAGUGGGCGUGCUCCAUCUGCAGCGCUGGGAGCGGGAUGUGACCCUGAAGCCUGGUGCCUCCAUGACUCCUUUCACGGCACAGCCCUUUCCCCUGCCCACUACUGGCCCCGCACACCGGCCACCUUGGGAGCAGCACCUGCUGCCCCUCAGGACCCCGUCAUUCCCUCCUGGCCGCCCCCUGGUGCUGCCCGCUUUGCCCAGGACACCUCUGGUGGCAGGAGAUGCUGGUCAAGGCCCCGUUGGGCCUGGGGCUUGUAACAUCAUGGACCAGGUCAGGUCAGAAGGGGGACGACCACAGCCCUCCCAGACUCAGACCAUUGUCCUGACUCAGGCCCCCCUCAACGGGAGUGCUCCAGGGGCCAUCUGUGGGGGUGCUGUGUGUCCUGCACCCCUCUUCUUGGAAGCCACUGCGGUGGAGACCAUUAUGCCCGCCUCGGCUUUUGGGGGCACCCAGGCCGGCGAUGGAGGCUGGUGUCCCGGCCUUCCUCCUCAAGCUCCAUCACCAGCUGCCCAGCUGGCCCCCAUCGUCCCCCGAGUGGACCCUGGAUUACGGCCACACGGGGCUUCCAGGGAGGGUGGCCUGGCCGCCUCCCAGUCCAAGGCCUCGCCGGAUGACGCCUGUAACCCCAAGAGUGUGUACGAGGACUUCCGUCGUUGGCAGUGCUUCAAGGCUCUGGCCCGGGAGCACCUUCCCCAGAGUCCCGAUGCGGGAGCUCUUUGCUGCUUCCUCAUGCCAGCGCUCCGGUCCCUGUCCCUCCUGAGGCCCACCAUGACGCUGGAGGAGGGAAUAGGGCAGGCCAUGCAGGAAUGGCAGCGCAAGAGCAACUUUGAUCGGAGGGUCUAUUCUGAGAUGGCAGAAAAGUUCAUGGAGUUUGAGGCAGAGGAGCAGAUGCAGUUUCAGAAGUUGCAGUUGAAGAAGGGGGCGCAGACCCAGCCCCCUCCUGCCCCACCGAGACCUGAUCAUCGGGGGCCCCCAGCCCCAGUGGUGCGCGGACAGCCAGCGCGCACUACCAGGAAGGCUGUACCCAGCGCCCAGGGCGCCCACACAGCCCCGCUGCCCCGGGAGACCGAGUCCCGCAAUGGGAUCCCCCCUGAGGCUGAGCAAGAGGACAUGGACAUCAUGGAUGAGCCGCCCAUGGGGGCGCCAGGUGGAGGAUGGGAAGAUGAAGAAAUGGAGUGGCUGCAGGAUGAAGAUCUCCUGAGCUACCUGGACCAGCUGUGCUCCCAGGAAGACUUUGUCACCCAGGUGGAGGCGGUCAUUCACCCCCAGUUCAUAGAACAGAUAAUUUCCCCAGACGCACAGCAGGAUCCCUUGGCCCUAGCUGAGGAGUUGGAGCAGGAAGACGGGCUCACUGCUGCCCAGCUGGUAGAGAAGCGAGUGCUGGCCUCCAAGGAGGGGGGCGUGCAGGCACCCCCGAGUCACGGUGCUCCCCUGUGGGACUCAAGUCCUUCUGAGUCUUCGACCAGCCAAGAUGCCCAGAGGCAUGACCGUGGCCCCCGGCUGGGGGUCAGUGACAAAGCCUGCCCACCAGAGACUGACUUCAAGGACCAGCAAAGGCGCGGUCCAGCAGGCGCCCACCGGCCCAGGCCCCAGGCUUCUGCUGUCUCUGUGGGGCGUCAGGAGCACCCACCACUCCGGGCUCGAUGCCCCCCCUCUGCUCCCCAGGGCCACGGGCCUGCUGACUGUGCACUGGGAUCCAGGGAGGCCUGCGUCCCCAGAGAGGCCUCUCCUGUCAGGGAGACUCGCGGGCCAGCGGACAGGCCCCGUGAGGAGGACGAGGACCUCUGCAGCCUGGCCUUCCUCUGGGCCUCUCCCGGCCGCCUGCUGCCCUGCGCGCUCUCUCUGAGCCCUGUCCCCGCCUCAGGCCUGGCCCGCCCUGGAGGUCGGGGCCCCCGGGGCGCGGCCCAGACCCAGUCCCUUCAGAGACGAGGCCUCAGCCGAGCUGCACCUGCAGCGUCCAAGUCUCAGAAGCGGGCUCUCGGGGGAGGCCCCGUCCACGCUGAGAAGACCCCCCGCCCAGGGGCCGACCUCGGGGUCUGUGGGCGGCCAGUACUGGGUCUGGGGCUGGUGCCCUCCUCACAGCCUCGCAAGAGGAAGUGUGACCCGUCUGACCCAGGGAGUGGGAGGAAGCGGCACUGCAGCCAGGAUGGAGCAGAGGGGUGUGCCCCCCACUGCCAGCGCCCCGAGGGGCCCAGACUGCAUGGGGCCUGGCUGUCCCCCAGAGGAGCCAAGGGCUCCUUCUCAUCGCAGGGCUGA